ACGUUUUCGCUAUUCCUCGACGCACGGCGCUGUGGAGAGUAAGUGUCAGCGUGUUCCAUAAAUAUCGUCGGCGAGUACGCGCACGCGUUUACGUCUAAUGAUUUACAGUAAUUUACGUGUCUGCAUUUCUAUCGGCAAACCUGCUGCUGGAAUCAAUCGUGUCGUACGUAAAAUUGAGCUCGCGGCAUCGUCCCUCAAAGUCGGUGUUCGUUCGCCUCGUGUCACCUCGACAAAUUCGUACAAACGUUCGACAAUGGCAGACAUGUCGAUGAACAUUGUUACCCCGCGGAAAAUGUCUUUCGGUAUCAGUGGAAAGUUGAACGGUUUGGACAGCAAGACACCUUUCUUGAUCGGUGUCUCGGGUGGUACCGCCAGCGGGAAGUCGACGGUAUGUAAACGCAUAAUGGAGAAACUGGGACAAGUAGACAUGGAUCACAUGCAGCGGCAAGUAGUUUGUAUUUCGCAAGACAGUUUUUACCGGGACUUAACACCGGCCGAGAAACUGAAGGCGGAGAGAGGUCAAUAUAAUUUCGAUCAUCCCGACGCGUUCGACAAUGACAAGAUACUUCAAACGUUGCAAGACAUACUAGCCGGAGUGAAAUGCGAGAUACCAGCCUAUGAUUACAGGACAAACAGUCUGAUGAAAGACCAGGUCACGACAAUUUAUCCUGCCGACGUAGUUUUGUUCGAAGGCAUUUUAGUAUUUUAUUUUCCCAAAAUACGCGAUCUGUUUCAUAUGAAACUGUUCGUCGACACAGACUCGGACACAAGACUAGCUAGAAGAGUACCGAGAGACAUAAAAGAGAGAGGGAGGGAUUUAGAUUAUGUGCUGAAUCAGUACAUGAAUUUUGUAAAGCCUGCCUUCGAAGAAUUCUGUCUUCCUACUAAGAAAUUCGCUGACGUCAUUAUACCAAGGGGUGCCGACAAUACAGUGGCAAUAGACCUUAUAGUGCACCACAUCUGGGACAUUUUGCGUUUGAAAAAGGCUGAAAACUCAUCCGGGCAGCAUCCAUACACCCAUCAACAUAGGCGUUCCUCGACAUCAUCCGACAUGCUCAGCAGAUGAUUUUAGCAUGAUAGUCGUUCGCUUAUAAGCACCGUGUUUUUAUAUAACGUACACUGACAUAGAACCGAGUAACCUUAAAAAAAACCCUUUUUUCUUUUUCUAAGUACACGACAUGUCUAUUCUCUAUACUUAUACAACUGUAUUUGUACAACGUUUAUACGUAACGAUAAGCAGGCAAAAACAUACUGCUUCUGCGUGCAUCGGCAUCAAGCCCCUCACCGGGUAUAAUUCAUUUUUCAUUGUUCCUAAGAAUCGGACAUAGUGUAUGAUUAUACAGAGUAGUUUGUCCGAAUACUAUAAUUCCAAUAAUACUGCAUAAUAAUUCAAAUUUAUACAUAUAUACAUUGAUUUACAAUGAAAAUGAAGCCAGAAAUAGUCAUUUAUAAAAAUCCAUAUUCAUUAUUAUUUAUCUAAACGGAAUUACGCAUGUUUUCACUUUAGAUUUUUAUACAUCGAUGUUACUUCUAGAUCGAUUCAAUGUUUUACGCCUCAUUGCAACAACAAACUUUGUUCAAAUGAAAUUUUGUUGGGAAAGAAACGAACGAUUUAAGCGAGAGCAUGGAGCAUAAAAUGUUCGCAUAAUUCUUCGAAAUGUGAUACCGUUAAUUGAAAUCAGUGCAUUAUUUCUAUACUGCCAUGUUCGAGAAUAUUUAAUUAUAUAUUAUUCCGUGUGGUGCUAAUCCGUUUCGGUGAUGCUCGUUUUUUAAACGCUCAAACCAUUGCGAUCCCGAUUGAGUCGUGUCACGGGACAAUUAUAAUUUAACUUAUGUACGAUUUGGCAUACUAUUUGUUUAGACUGUAUAAGUAGUGUAAUAAUAAAACAGACCGGAAUUCGCGUCGAUAUUUAAUUUA